GGCCAAGAUGAAAAGCAACCUUCGAGUCGGAGACGAGGAAAAGAACAUCUGGGCAUCUCAGGAUUCCCAACCAUUUGUGAGUCUAUUCUAGUUUGGUGAACUCAUUUGCUGAUCACCAUCACGACCACGAUUUUAAUGGUUCUUGUAUUCUGAAUCGAAUGGCACUCAACCGAAUUUUUGCACGAUUCUUUCCAUCAGAAUGAAGAUGGUUUAGCGGUGAAGGCGCAGCACCUUGUAAUGGUGGCGGGGCAUUCUGUCACAGUUUCCGACCAUCUCAGAGACGCUGAUAGUGACGAAAAAGAUUGGUUUUUGUUGAGUUAGUAAGUUAGGCUCUUGCUACGUUCAUUCGUGUUCCUCCUCAUUUUUUUAUUGAAAGCUCCAAAAUUAUGCUUGGAAGAGUUGUUUGACUUGAAUCAUUUCAAUUUUGUGAGCAUCGUACAAUUUGCGACAACCUCGUAUGUUUGUGUUUUGGUAUCCGUGCUUCUCUCCUUCGCAAAACUCUGCUUUGCCAACACAGCUAACCGUUUCUUCCUUCGUUUCCUCUCGGGAUGCGUUGUUUAAAAAAGCCAAAAGGGGCGAGGCCUCCCCCAAGCGAUCCAUGCCCACAUUGCUGCAGGAAUUGAAGAGGCCCGGAAGGAUCCAGAAGCUCUUUUGGUGUUCAGUGGCGGCGAGACAAGAGCCUCCAGUGGUCCCCACACCGAAGCCCAGGCAUACUACCACGUAGCAGACUCCAUGAACCUCUGGCCCUCGGAUCCCGGAUCCUCUGUGCGAGCCAGGACGACAACCGAAGAGUUCGCGACGGAUUCCUUCGAAAACUUGUAAGUAGUAGCCGAGCUUGCUUUCGUCUAUCGAUCGUACGAAACGAAAAAGACGAGCGUGCACCCGGUCUCAAACUCCUUUGCCGCGAAUCCCAUUUGUUCUAUUGUUUCCUUCCGACGCUUUGGCAGCAUGUUUUCCAUUGCACGCUUUCGCGAAGUGACCGGAACCUACCCCAAGAAGAUCACGGCGGUGUCUUUCUCCUUCAAGCGCCGGCGGUUCGAAACCCUCCACGCGCCCGCCCUGCGGUGGCCGUCGGAACGAUUCGUGUACGUCGGCGUGGACCCCCCCGCUUCGACUGGCUUCGACCUGGAACAAUCUGCGGAGGGGGAGCGGAAGAACGCGGCUGCUCCGUUCGAACAAGAUCCGUACGGAUGCCACUCGGAGGUUCUGCAAGAGAAGCGGAAAUCCCGGAAUCCCUUCAAGAGGACCCCACCCUAUGUAAGUAUUCCGUGAAUCCGAUCCGAUCCAAUUCGGUUCGAUGCAAUGCAAUAUGUAUCUAGUAGCAUUUGUGUCGUUCCAUCCGCCGUGCCACGCUCACAUCCGGCUUGCUCGUUCGUUCUUGCAAUUGUGCCGCGGAUGCAGCCGUUGUCGUGUCCCGAUAUGAAAUACUUGCUGGGCUAUUGCGGACCAGAACUCGUUCCCAGCGAUCGAGUCCCCUGGGACACCGAUCCCUGAGAGACCGGACGGAAUCGAAUCCGUUCCUCCGACGAAGGCAGCACACGACCGCGUU